UUCCAGGUGGCCUUAUUUUGGGCGACUCGGUCCUGACCUUAUUUCGGUGAUGGAGGAUUCAGGCAUCCAGAGAGGCAUCUGGGAUGGAGAUGCCAAGGCUGUCCAACAGUGUCUGACAGACAUUUUUACCAGUGUAUAUACAACCUGCGACAUCCCAGAGAACGCCAUAUUCGGUCCCUGUGUUCUGAGCCAUACUUCUCUGUAUGACAGCAUAGCCUUCGUAGCCCUCAAGUCCACGGACAAGAGAACGGUACCUUACAUCUUCCGGGUAGACACUUCGGCGGCAAAUGGUUCCUCAGAAGGUCUCAUGUGGCUGCGGCUGGUCCAAUCAGCCCGAGACAAGGAAGAACAGAAUCUCGAAGCUUAUAUAAAAAACGGACAGCUGUUCUACCGCUCUCUCCGCAGGAUUGCCAAAGAUGAAGAGUUACUAGUUUGGUACGGGAAAGAACUGACUGAGUUGCUCUUGCUCUGCCCGUCUAGAUCUCACAAAAUGAACGGGUCGCCUCCUUACACAUGCCUGGAAUGCAGCCAACGUUUCCAGUUUGAGUUCCCCUACGUGGCACAUCUGCGAUUCCGCUGCCCCAAGAGACUUCAUAGCACUGAUGCGAAUCCCCAAGACGAGCAAGGGGGCGGCGUGGGCACCAAGGACCACUGCAGCGGUAAAGAGCAGCAGCAGCAACAACAACAACAACAGCAGCAACAGGAGGCGCCGUUGAUCCCAGGCCCCAAGUUCUGCAAAGCCGGCCCCAUACACCACUACCCCGCGUCGUCCCCGGAGGCGAGCAACCCGCCGGGCUCCGCGGGUGCCGGCAACGCCAAGCCGUCCACAGACUUCCACAACCUGGCUCGGGAACUGGAAAACUCCCGGGGAGGCAGCAGCUGCGCGGCGGCCCCGGGCGUCGGCGGUGGCGGCAGCGGCCACCAGGAGGCGGAGCUGAGUUCCGACGGCGUCGCCGCGGGCGGCUGCAAAGGCAAGAGGCGGUUCCCGGAGGAGGCGGCGGCGGAGGGCGGCGGCGCUGGGCUAGCGGGCGGCCGGGCGCGCUUCUCCGAGCGGCCGCUGGCGACCUCCAAGGAGGAGCUGGUGUGCACGCCGCAGCAGUACCGCGCCGCCGGCAGCUACUUCGGCCUGGAGGAGAACGGCCGGCUCUUCGCGCCGCCCAGCCCCGAGACCGGCGAGGCGAAGCGCAGCGCCUUCGUGGAGGUGAAGAAGGCGGGCCGCGCGGUGGGCUUGCAGGAGGAGGCGGCGGCGACAGACGGCGCAGGGGGCACUGCCGAGGACCCCGACGCGGGAGGCGGUGGCGGCGGCGGCAACGGCUCGUCCACCCCCGCGGCGGGAUCGCCUGGGGCCCCCGAGAAGCUGCUGGCCCCGCGUCCCGGAGGCGCUCUGCCGGGCCGGCUGGAGGGCGGGAGCCCCGCCCGGGGCAGCGCAUUCACCUCGGUUUCGCAGCUGGGCGGCGGUGGCGGCGCGGGGACCGCGGGGACCGCUGGGGGCUCGGGGGGCGGCCAAGGGGCCGCAUCGGACGAGCGUAAGAGCGCCUUCUCGCAGCCCGCGCGCUCCUUCUCGCAGCUGUCCCCGCUGGUCCUCGGCCAGAAGCUGGGCGCGCUCGAGCCGUGUCACCCGGGAGACGGCGUGGGUCCCACCAGACUCUACCCGGCCGCCGCAGAUCCGCUGGCUGUGAAGCUGCAGGGGGCCGCGGACCUGAACGGAGCCUGCGGGCCCUUGGCGAGCGGCGGCGGCGGUGGCUUGCCCAAGCAGAGCCCCUUCCUCUACGCCACCGCCUUCUGGCCCAAGAGCUCGGCCGCGGCAGCAGCGGCGGCGGCGGCGGCCGCGGGGCCCCUGCAGCUGCAACUGCCCUCGGCGCUCACCCUGCUGCCGCCCUCCUUCACCUCGCUGUGUCUGCCCGCGCAGAACUGGUGCGCCAAGUGCAACGCCUCCUUCCGCAUGACUUCCGACCUGGUGUACCACAUGCGGUCUCACCACAAAAAGGAGUACGCCAUGGAGCCCCUGGUGAAGCGGCGGCGAGAGGAGAAACUCAAGUGCCCCAUUUGCAAUGAGUCCUUCAGGGAGCGUCACCACCUGUCCAGGCACAUGACCUCGCAUAAUUGAUGCGUAAAAGACUCUUGGCUUUCCACGCGUGUGCACGCACAAUUAAGCCACCUGCAGGAGCACACACGCGAGGACAUCCACCACCACUUUAUGCCCCCAAACACUGCAACCAAACACGUGCACACACAGGUCCCUCCCCUCGCCAGGAACCUCAUCAUCCAAACGUUUAAUUUCACACACACACACACACACACACACACAC